UGCAGCUUUAUUCAGGUUCCGCAGGACGGAUACGCCUUCGAAAUGAAGCUGACGCGGCCUUUGCUCCUUCUGGCCGUUUUCUCGGCUCUGGUAGUCGUCGUUCACUCGGAGGCCGACCCCUUCAAGUUCAAGAAAAAGAAGGGAGGCUUCGGGGGAGUCAGAUACCAGCCCGUUUACGUGGUUCAACGACCCGUGUACCAUCGUCCAAGCUAUGGUCACAAAGGCUUUGGGCACGGAGGCUUCCACCAAUCUUCCUUCGGUCACAAAGGCUUCGGGCGCCCAGCCUAUGGGCACGGAAGCUUCCACCAAUCUUCCUUUGCUCAGAAGGGGAUCGGGCGCCCUAGCUAUGGAGGGUACCACCAGCAAUCAUCUUUUGGCCACGGAGGGUACGGACGGCCGAACUAUGGCCAUGGUGGAUACCAGCAAUCUUCCUUUGGGCACGGAGGGUUCAAUCGCCCAAGCUAUGGCCACGGUGGAUACCAACAGUCUAGCUACGGGCAUGGUUGGUAAACUGAUUGUGAAAGACUUUCUAUUGCCAUUGCACGGUGACAAGAGUCGCUUUUCAUGUUAUUGUUGUUAAUGUUCGAAUUCCCCAGAGAGAGCUAUGGUGUACUUGCUUUGACGAAGUAAAAUUGAAUUCAAAU